UUCUGUCUGGCAUUUCUAAUUUCGGAAAUGUCUGCCAAUAUGAAUUCGCCUUGAUUUCCAUUUGUUUAUAAAUUUGUGAGAAGCAUGUCGAUAAUAAAUACCUGUCGAGCCUGCUUAUUACAAAAGGAUUCCAAAGAGCUUUGCGAUUUGUAUAUGUCGUUGGACGAUAUUAGUGAACCAUUAACUCUUUCGGAAUGCUUUCAAAUAUGUACGCAAAUCGAUGUGAAAAAGACAAGCUAUAUGUCAUCUCGCAUAACGAAUAUGCACUACUUGUGCCAGGACUGUUACCAUGAGUUAAUAGAUGCAUUCAGAUUUAUAAGGAAAGCACAAAAAUCUGAUCAAGAAUUAUGUAUUCUCUCACAAAAAAAUGUUGCUAGUUCCGAGAGUCAGUUAGCAGAAUUUGAGUUGGUAAAUAUGCAAAUGUGUGGCUCCUCUAGCCACAGCGUUGGUUCCGUCGAAGAGAUAUCAUAUCAAGAGAAUUUAGAUGUUGAGGAUAUAAUUGAGAAACAAAGAGGAUUUCGUAAUUCAAAAAACUUGAACAAUUCACCAGAAACUCAGCAGUCUACAUUAAGUUCAGAAAAAGAUGGAAACAGCGACAUCUCGGAAUCGGAAAAUGAUUUAUUUUCAAAAAUUGAAACUACAACAGAAACUUCUACCUUUAAUGACGCUGUCAGAUUGAAAAGGCACGAGUAUACCACUGAAGAGAAUAGAGAGAGGACCAUAAGUUGCGAACAGUGUCAACGAAAAUUUUUUACACAACGUGCAUACCAAAAUCAUUCUAAAACUCAUGAAAAAAAUCGAGAACCCAAAUUCAAAUGUGACGAGUGUGGGAAAUGUUUCUUCUACAACGGUAGUUUGAAGCUUCAUAAACAAACACAUAUUGGCCUUCCGUUCGAAUGCACCGUUUGUUCAAAGCAGUACGCAAGAUCCGUCGAUCUUCAAAUUCACCUAAGGAGUCAUUCUGGUGAACUACCGUACAAAUGUCCGAAAUGUAACAAAGGCUUUAGGUAUGUUCACGUUCUAAAUAAGCACGUGCGACACCAUGAAGGUCAUCGGUAUAAAUGUAACUUGUGUGGAAAAGAGUACGCUCAUCAAUCAACAAUGCUGCAACAUCGUAAAGAGCAUACAGGCUUACCACUCCGGUGUUCUAUAUGCGACAAGGGCUUUGUAAAAAAAUCGAAAAUGCGUCGCCAUAUUAGUGGAGUCCACAAAGUGGGAGAUAUUGAGGAAAUUGAUCAACUUAUUCUGAAAGUAAAAACAAAAAAUAUUUACCGAGGGCGUGUUAUGGAGAUGUAAUCACGUAAUACAUUAACGAAGCCUUAUUAAUAUUAAAUAAAUUAUUAUUUUAUUAUAAAAGAUAAGUGUCAAUAAAGUUCGACCAAUAUUUCUUCUCCUUCGUUUACAGUU